GCACCUAGCUCCCUUUUCUUUUAAGUCUGUACGUUCCUCCUUUGUCGGGUUUACCAGUUGUCUUUCCUUCACUUCCAAGUGUGGAUUUACCCUGUGUGUUGGAUUUAAUAAAUGAGUUUUGUUUAUCCACAGCUCCUUCAUUCCUUCCGGUUAUGAUGGCUCAGAACUUUUGCAUCAUAUUAUGUCUUUUUUGUGUAUCUCAAUCGGUGAUGGCUUUUAACAUUGAUCCUUCUACCUGGAAAACGUUCACUGCACAAAAGAAUGUUGCCUUUGGCUAUAAGAUUGUACAGAAAGACGCAUUAAGUCUGAUCGUGAGUGAUCCUUUAAUUCAAAUCAGUCAAGAUAAGAGAGGAAAGAUUUAUAACUGUCUUGUCAAACAAGGAUCCUGCUCAUCACAGAACAUUGAUGUGCCCCCAGAAGCUGUCAACAUGUCUCUUGGACUUUCCUUGGUUAAAGAUGAAAGCUCUUCAAAGGUGGUGAUUUGUGGUCCAACCAUUCCAAAGGCAUGUGCAGCAGUUACCACAUACAAUGGCAUGUGCUUUAUCAGUGAAAACAAUGUGUAUCAACCAUUUCCAAGCUCUCUGAGAGAGUGUCCUGGUCAGAUUGACAUAGCCUUUCUAUUAGAUGGGUCUGGGAGUGUAAGGGAAAACAAUUUUAAAAAGAUGAAGGAUUUUGUGACAAGUGUAAUCAGGCGUUUUACUGAGCGGGAUGCACAGUUUGCCAUUGCACAGUACUCCAAGGAUUGUAUAAUUCACUACAAUUUUAAUCAACUCAAAAUUCAAGAUGAAUGGGAAUCUAAGGUGACAGAUAUAAAGUACCAGAGGGGACCGAACACUUACACUGCGACAGCCAUCAUACAACUUGUGGAAUAUCUAUUUAAACCAGCUGGAGGGUUAAGACCAUCAUCAAAAAAAGUAUUGGUUGUUAUUACUGACGGAGCAUCACAUGACAGGGACUUAUUGUACAAUGCAGCAACACAGGCAGAGGCAAAUAACAUAGUACGAUUUGCAAUUGGGGUUGGCAAUGCAUUUAAUGAUAUCGAUGCAAAAGGAGAGCUAAAUACGAUUGCUUCUAAACCAUAUACUGAUCACGUGUUCAAAGUGACAGACUUUAAUGCACUGAACAGUAUUCUUCAAAAACUGGAGGAGAGCAUUAUUUCCAUUGAAGGAACCCAGACUUCAGGUGAUUCCUCUAGAAUGGAGUUUGCACAGGAUGGAUUCAGCACAGCUUUCACAUCAUAUGACAGUGUGUUGAUGAGUGCUGUGGGAGCUUUCCAGUGGAAAGGUGGUUAUCAGGAAUAUCCACAUGGCUCCUUUCAAACAGGCAGAGAGCAUGAAAGCUAUCUAGGUUAUUCGAUGGCUAUCGCAAAAGUGUCAAAGGUCGACUAUGCUAUUCUAGGAGCUCCAAGAUACAAGCAUCAAGGACAAGUCACUGUUUCACAACUUAGACCCUCCGGAACCACCCAGGAUCAACUGUUGCAAUCUCCCAGGCCUCAGAUUGGCUCAUAUUUUGGAGCUGAGGUUUGUGUGGUGGAUUUGAACAGUGACUCCAGAACAGACCUCCUGUUGGUAUCGGCACCAACAUACAUGGAGCCUGACCGGGAGGGUAAAGUGUUUGUUUACACCAUUACAAGUAAUGUAAAGUUUGUUAUUUCGGAUGUGGUUCUGGAGGGAAAGGAAGGUCAGAUGGGUCGGUUUGGUUCUUCUCUGGCCAGUCCAGCAGAUCUGAAUGGUGAUGGUUUCAUGGAUGUGCUGAUUGGAGCUCCUUUAGAGGAGAACGGACAGGGCAGCAUCUACAUCUUCAAUGGAGUAAAAGAUCAAAUAAAUCCCAAAUAUUCACAGAGAAUUGCUGGUUUAUCUGUGCGACCAGGUUUGCGGUUCUUUGGGAUUUCAUUGAGUCAGUUCUCUCCAGACCAGACCCGAGACACCCUUCCUGAUAUUGCUGUAGGGUCCAUGGGAGAAGUUCUGCUUCUCAGGUCAAGACCCAUCAUGCUCUUGGACAUCAACGUAUCUUACAACCCAUCCAAAAUUCCAGCCGCUGUAACAGAUUGCACAAAGCCAUUGAAAAACAACCUGAUGGUUUGCUUCAGCAUGAGAGGAUACAACCAUCACAUAACAGGUUUGGAUGCAAAUAUAAAUUUCACUGUAACGCUAGAUGCCAAGCGACAGAAAUAUCGAGCUCAUUUCUUGCCCAAAAAACGCCUCUUCAGUGAUAAGAUGGAGAACAUUGGGUUGCAGAAGGUUUGCAAAAGUCAUGAUUUUUUUAUAGAGGCUUGUCCAGAAGAUGCUCUGAACCCGUUGUCCAAUCAAUUAAAUUUUACAUUUGAGGGUCUUCCAUCUACAGCAAUGCAAAACCUGAGACCAAUACUCCAUCCAGAGAUAAGGACCAGCACAGACCAUAGUCUAGAUUUUGAGAGGGAAUGUGGAGUUGAUAAUGUGUGCACCGAUAACAUCAGAAUGGAUUUCAAUUUCUCUGGAGCUACAAAUAUAGAGGUUGGGAUCAUGCAGGAGAUCAAUGUGACAGUGUUUGUAGAGAACAGAGGGGAAAAUUCGUACAACACAGAGUUCAAACUUAACUACCCCUUUGGACUUUCCUACAGGAGAAUAACAUCUAAACAGGGCAGAGUGGAGUGUGUGUCUUUGGAUGGUGUGCAAGGUGUUAAACCAGGAGAAACCACCUGCUACAUCAGUAAACCCAUCCUCAAGGGCAACUCUCAGGUUGUGUUUGAGAUUACAUACAGUAUUAACAAAGAAAGUACACUGGGCCAAAGGACAACAUUUACGGCUGCGGUCAAAAGUGGAAAUGACAAACAUUCUCAAGAGAGUGAGUUACUCAAAGAAAAGACCAUUGGCGUCAAAUAUGGCAUCUCUAUUGCCAUGAUAAGGGAUGAUAAUUCCACCAUUUACAUAAAUUUUACUUCAGGGAAAAAGGAUCUUAUGAAACCAGUCCAGCAGAUAAUAAAGAUUGAAAAUGAGUUUAGAGAAUUAGCUUUCAAGGUUUUCAUCAGAGUACCAGUGAAAGUUGGUGAUGCUGAUAUCUGGACUAAUUCAAGUCUGCAAAUUUCUGACUGUAAGUGGGAGAAAAUAACAAAGCCUCUUAUCACCAAUUUUAUUAACAUUAUAAAAAGUCAUCUUACAGUGAACUGCUCAGUGGCGGUGUGUGCCGAGUUCAGCUGUGACGUCACUCUUAUAAAGAAUGAAAAGAUGUUCUAUAAUAUAACUGGCAAUGUGAGCUCUGGAUGGAUUGAGCAGAUUGGACUCAGUGCUGCUGUUUUUCAGCUGGUCAGUUCAGCAUCUAUGGAUUAUGACAAGAGCAAAUAUGUUUUAUUUAACUCUGAUUCUCAACAAACUGCACCAUCUGUUCAGAUUAAUACUCAAGUGGAGGUGUAUGAGGAGGUGAAUCUGACUAAAGUGAUCAUUGGUGGUGUAAUAGGAGGACUGCUGCUCCUGGCUCUCAUCACAGGGGUCCUCUAUAAGGCUGGGUUCUUCAAAAGCCAGUACAAGCAGAUGCUGGAGGAGGCACAGGGGGGUGCAGGAGAACAGCCACAAUAAUCUGCAAUCAUUUAAUUUUAAGAUAUUAGUGUGUUUUGUGUGCUUGAGAAUUGAACAUACAUUUAUUUGUCAUCUCAGAAUGGAAUACUUUGAACACUUGAAUGAAGAAUUGUAUUUGAAUAUUAAAUCAUAUCACUACUCAUUGUUAUUAGCGAGCUUAACAAGGAGUUACCAUAAUGAAAGUAUUUAUCAUCUUGCAAAUAUUGUUCAUUUUCCUUCUUGGUUUUAAAAAUGGAUAAACUAUACCAUAGCAGAAAUAUCAGUAAUAUUCGAGGGCCUUUUGCUGACAUGCAGACUGUUUUUGAGAUGUUUUUUUUUAACCGUGUUUCUUUAUAUUUAUAUAAUAUGGAAGGCUGUUUCAGUCACAGAAAGAAAAGGCAUUGCAUUGUUUUAUCUCAGAUUUGGACUUUAUAAUGUCUUUAUGCUGAAUUUUCAUUUUACAAUCCUAAGAUUAUAUCUCACAGUUCUGAAUUGUUUAUAUUUUGUAGUUCUGAUUUUGUCUCUGAUUUUUAAAUUAACAAUUACAAUAUUUUUCUUUUAAUUACUAGUAGACUAGUAACUAGUUAUUUUUAUUUUUUUUUUUUGUAACAGGCUUUCAUGUUAUUAUAGGGUUUUGCUCUGGGUGUAAUAAUAAUAAUAAUAAUAAUAAUAAUAACAACAACAACAACAACAACAACAACAACAACAACAACAACAACAAUAAUAAUAAUAAUAAUAAAAGACAUUGCUUUCUGCUUAAUACUUAAUAAUUUACUAAAUGUUCUUAUUAUUUGCAAAUAAUUUACAUUAAAUGUCUAGGUAAGGAUGAAAAUAAAAGCUACAAAGUGAAAAAUUUUGGCCAUAUGCUUUACAUUUAUUGUGUCAUUUAUUUAUAUAUGCAUAGCUUCAGUGGUUUAGGAAAUGGACAUUUGAGUUUGAAACUGAGUCAGGAUAUUCUGUGUUGUGCAGAUGUGUCCGAUUCAAUGCAAUAAAUGACGUAUUAGUAAUAAAUUUAUUUUAUAUAGCGCCUUUAAAGAGUAACUAAACCCAAAACCAAUUUUUUUUUGUUAAUAAUCUAUACGAAUGGGGCUUUAUUAGUGGUGUUCAUUGAUUCGAGUAACUUUUUUGACAUUUGAGUAUAAAGUGUUUUAAUUAUACAAUAUGUGGUGUAAAAAACGUCUGAGUGCUGCCCUCUUCAGGUUGAACGAUGGCUACUGCAGUUGAUUUUUCCUAUUGGAUGUUGCGGUGGCAAGUGACGUGAGCAGUUUCCUCUCUUUUCCCGUCCUGUUGUCAGAUUGUUAGAUGUCACAGAUGCAUAUUGACCAGUGUCUCUUUCAUUACUAUCCGGUCCUGUCUUGUCGGGGUGUGUAAUGAUAAUACAACCACCACUGCUGGAAUUACUCUGUGCUGGUCAUACAGCCACAGAACCUUACAUGCUAAGAGGUGCUUCAGCUUACCUGUUUGGUGCUCUCCUACCGUCAGCCUCUUCGUGAGUUUGGAGUUUCACCGCUUCGCCAGUGCUCUGGUCAUCCUUGCAACAGAGGAGAUGUGUGUUCAAGUUAUUUACCAAGUGUACGGGUUUCUUCAGUUGGUCAUUCUCUCUUAUUUCUGUCGGACUACCUGUGGUCAGACUUUGUCUCUAAUAAAGAACUGUUA